AUGGCGUCCGAGGAGGGGCGUUCGGGGACUGUGCGAACGAACUGCCAGAUGUGUUCACUGGCAUUUUUCAUACAUCUCUGUCGCCGCGCUCUGUACCCACGCUACAACAGACCCGCGGCCCUAACGACGGUCAUGAUCGAGUGCUUGGAGAUACUCAAGGCUGUGUGUACAUAUGGCCGUACACCCACCCACAACACCAGCGUAGUCAUCUGGUUUGCAGGUGACAGUACGGGUUUGAUCAGCAGAGGACUUGAAACAGCAGGCAGGGAGGAGCCAAACAACCUUACAUCGGCGACCGGGAAUACAAAGGAAACUAUCAUCAACUUCAAGAGGAACACUGAUCACCAUUUACUGGACCCCAAUGGGGAAAAAGUGCAGUCAGUCUUAAAAGAACCCCCAUUAAGAAUGCCAUAUUUCUGA